AAAUAAAAUCCAUUAAUUCCAUCUGGGCCGAUGCCCAUCCGACUUGGAGGAGAGGCCAGGGGAAAAGCGCCACUCGUGUCCUCAUCGGAACCUCCCAUUUUCUUUUCUUUUUUUUUUUGAAAUUUUAUUUUCUCCUGGUUGUUGUCGUCCGUCUGCCAGAAAUGCAAAUGAAUAGAGGCAGAGCGGGAGCGCUGCCCAGUCCAGAGGACCAGAGAAUUAGCUGCAAAACCCGAAAGCAUGAGCGCAACCGCCGCCUCUUCAGCUACUGCUAAAUGGCAAUGGAAAUCUUCCCCAGUAAAGAUACCGCCUCCGAAUUCGCAUUUUUUCGACUCUAAUGUUUCUCUCCCGCACAAUCCCGCCACUUGGAAGAGUCGACGCGCCUCCUCCGCCGCCCUAGCUCAGAGACAGCCCUCCGCCGCCGCCGAUACUGGAAAGGACAAAGGGAGGAGGAGGAAGAAGACAGUUGCCAAGGAUGGGGACGACGACGACGACGGCGACGGCAAUGGCGAUGACAGAGCUGAAGAGCAAGAGCAGCCGCCGCAGGAGGAGGAGGGUUCGAUGAUCAGGCUGGUGGACGUGAAUCCCGUGGGCUUGGGGCGAAAAUCGAGGCAAGUGUUUGACGAGGUGUGGCGCAAGUUCUCGGUAUUGGGCCAGAUUUCCAGGACCGCCCGAGCCGAGGACGAGACCGGUCUCGAUGCCCUUCUAAUCAGGGAAGGUCCCAUGUGCGAGUUCACCGUUCCCGGGGCUCAAAACACCACCGUCCUCGUCGCCGGCGCCACCAGCCGCGUUGGCCGCAUCGUUGUCCGCAAGCUCAUGCUCCGUGGUUAUACUGUCAAGGCUUUGGUGAGGAAAUCGGACGAGGAAGUGGAGGAAAAUCUUCCGAGGUCGGUGGAGAUUGUGAUUGGGGAUGUGGGUGAUCCCUCCUCUGUGAAGGCUGCUGUGGAAGGUUGCAACAAAAUAAUCUAUUGUGCCACUGCUCGUUCAGCCAUCACCGGCGACCUCAACCGGGUUGAUUAUAAAGGGGUUUACAACCUCACCAAAGCAUUUCAGGACUACAACAACAAAAUGGCACAACUGCGGGCAGGGAAAAGCAACAAAAGCAAGCUUUUGCUUGCAAAAUUCAAAUCUGCAGAUUCGUUGCAAGGAUGGGAAGUUCGUCAAGGUACUUACUUCCAGGAUGUGGUUGCUGCUAAGUACGAUGGAGGAAUGAACGCUAAAUUUGAGUUCACUGAGACAGGAGAUGCUGUUUUCUCAGGUUAUGUUUUCACGAGAGGAGGUUAUGUGGAACUGUCAAAAAAGCUUUUGCUUCCUCUAGGUUGCACUCUUGACAGGUAUGAAGGUUUGGUUCUUUCUGUUGGUGGGAAUGGAAGAUCUUACGUUUUAAUUCUUGAAACUGGUCCUUUGGCUGACACAACUCAAAGAAAAAUGUAUUUUGCAAGAAUUAGCACAAAGGUUGGGUUUUGCAGGGUUAGAGUACCGUUUUCAUCCUUCCGCCCUGUAAAGCCAGAUGAUCCACCUUUAGAUCCAUUCCUCGUGCAUACUUUAACAAUACGUUUUGAGCCAAGAAGACAGAGACCUGUUGAAGGACCUUCUGGAACGAAACAAGAUGUGAGAAGCUUCAAGCUGAUAAUGGAAUAUAUCAAAGCCCUACCUACAGGGCAAGAAACAGACUUCAUCCUCGUUUCAUGUACAGGAUUAGGAAUAGAACCUGCUAGGAGGGAGCAGGUUCUAAAGGCCAAGAAGGCUGGAGAAGAUGCAUUGAGAAGAUCAGGCGUUGGGUACACAAUAAUUCGCCCUGGUCCCCUGAAGGAAGAACCUGGUGGCCAACGUGCUCUCAUAUUUGAUCAAGGAAACAGAAUUUCUCAGGGCAUUAGCUGCGCCGAUGUGGCUGAUAUAUGUGUAAAGGCUUUGCAUGAUUCAACUGCAAGGAACAAGAGCUUUGAUGUAUGCUAUGAGCAUGUGGCUGAGCAAGGAAAGGAGCUUUAUGAGCUUGUAGCACAUUUGCCUGACAAAGCAAAUAACUAUUUGACACCAGCAUUAUCUGUAUUGGAGAAGAACACUUGAUCUUUCUCGGAAAGAGAAACAGGACAAGCAAUGAUGAUAGGGAAACACAAGGGCUUCACCAGAGAUAUAUUUCUCUCAUCGGUUCAAAUUUGACACUUUAGAAGUUUGACAUCAAUGCCUCGGCCACCCCUCGUAUUUAGUUUUGCAAUUGCUAAAAAAAUAAGGGAUUAAUUGAUGUUAAAGAGACAACAUAAUCUCGGCAUCUUUGUGAUAGAUGUCAACUAGGAAAACUUAGUCAUUUACCUUUCUCUUAUUCAGAACAUUCAAGUACUAGUAUCUUUGAAAAAAUUCAUUGUGAUUUAUGGGGACCCACUCCUAUUUUUUCUAUUGCAAAAUUCAGAUAUUAUGCUUUUUUGGUUGA